AUCUUAAUUAUAUUUCAAAUAAUGAAGUAAGGUAUCUAAUACAAUUUUUUAUGAUCAGAAAUAGACACCAUAUCUAAGCAUAUAAAAAACUAAAAGUUUUACGUAUUUGAUAAAAUUGUAUACAGUAACAUAAAUAAUCGUAUAUAAUUAUAUAUAAUACCAUCAUAUAUAACCAUACAUAAUCAUACGUAAUACCAUAUAAAACCAUAUAUAACUAUAUAUAACUUUAUCUUUUUCUACGUAAACAGACGUGGACUAUUUUUUCCGGGUAGAGUAGAAUAUACAACUUUCUAAUACAGUUACAUAAUAAAACAUUCUUUUUUUCUAGACUUCCAUGUGGAUACAUCGCGUACGCGUGAUCCUGGAAUUUUGCAAUUCGUUGCCGGUAUGCGUUAAAGUAAUUGAUUACUUGAUAACGAAAUUAAAAUCACUUCGGUCCGUGCUGACUAACGUAGGAAAAACUCUGAAGAAGAUCUUCGUCGUGAUAAAUCAAUUGCAUCUUGUGUUUUACGCGUUAAACAUCACUCUACGAAAAUAUCGUAUAAUUAUGUCAUGUGAUCAAAGAUCUCAAUCUGCGGAAAAAAUGAUACCUCACGUUGUAGAUUUUUGGAAAAUACGUUACAUUGAAAAGGAGCUUGAACAUGCAGAUAUAGAUUUGGAUGUCGCAAAGAAGCGCUGGUUAAAUAUUUUGGAAAACAGUGCGGUGAUUUUCGCAGAGCAUUUCGUGCAAUUUGCCGAGAAGUCGCUUUCGCUAAUCCAUGUACUAAUUUCGUAAUCUAGCACAGGAAUAACACAAUAAUAUAUAACAUAAU